UUUUUAAAAAAACACAUUGCAUUAGCAACAAUCAAAAGUGCAGUGUGAUAGUUAGUUGCAAAUUACUUAGCUGGAAAGCAAGAUGAGCAAUUACAUGCGGCUAGCGUUUAUUUCUGUUCUAUUUGCUCUCAAUAUUGACUCCUUGCGAGCCAAUUGCAAUGUCUGCUCAGCUGUGACUCAAAUGGCAUGCGUUUCGGAGACUGAAUUUCAAGUUUGUGUAAACAAUGUCCCUACAGGAGCGGUGAAUAGCUGCCCAUCAGGCUUCAUUUGCUCUACAGCAACAGCUGUCACAUGUCAAGCCAGCGAUGCAGGAUUUGAGCCCACUUGCAAUGAGUGCAACAAGUGCAAUGCUGAUAUGACAUUUGCUUGUACCGAAACCAACACCUAUGCCCUGUGCUUGGGUACGAAUACUCCAUCUCCCAUUGCUACAGGCAGUUGUGGCGAUGGUUUGGUUUGCAACUUUAAUUUGCCCGAAAUUUGUGCUGAUCCUGCUGAUGGUACUGCCGCCACAUGUCCUACGGCUAAUGCAGAGACUACAACCACCACCACAACUACCACUGUUGCCCCAACCUUGGAUCCCCCUUCAUUUGCCCAGAAUCUGUGCGAAACAGUGAAAAUAAAUGCAAGAAUGUCCUUGCCAGCGGAUAUGAAUAUGGAUUGCAAAAAUUACGUUUACUGUUUCCUGACAGCCAAUGGCACGUGGUCUGGCCAGAUAUAUACAUGUGCAGGUAGUACUUACUUCGAUGAUCAAACCAAAUACUGCAUGGUUAAUAAACCCCCAGGAUGUUAAACUAAGACAAUUUGUUGCAAAUGUAUGCCAUAUUCCAUAUUCCAUGGAAAUUGUCAAAUUGUU